ACCCCAUAUUUAUUUAUUUUAUUAGAAAAACAGAGUACUAUAUAAGCACAACAGCGCCAAUUAAAUCGAAUCAGUCGACCAAACGAUUGCUUGUUUCCUUAAAUUCGCACCGGGAGAUUGAAACGGGAGGAAGUUGAAGGAGCCGACGACGAUUCAUAAUGUCUUCACUUGCAGCUGCUAGAGCAGACAAUUUUUACUAUCCACCAGAAUGGACCCCAAAACAGGGGUCUUUGAACAAAUUUCAUGGUCAACAUGCUUUGAGAGAGAGAGCAAGGAAAAUAGAUCAAGGCAUCUUGAUAAUAAGGUUCGAGAUGCCUUUCAAUAUAUGGUGUGGUGGCUGCAACUCAAUGAUAGCAAAGGGUGUUAGGUUUAAUGCAGAGAAGAAGCAAGUUGGAAAUUAUUAUUCUACUAAGAUAUGGAGUUUUUCUAUGAAGUCAGCAUGCUGCAAACAAGAGAUUGUUAUUCAGACAGAUCCAAAAAAUUGUGAGUACGUGAUCAUUAGUGGUGCACAACGGAAGACUGAGGAAUACGACGUUGAGGAUGCAGAAACCUUUGAACUCCCUGCAGAUGAAGAAAGGGGUAAGCUUGCAGAUCCAUUUUAUCGACUUGAACACCAGGAAAAGGAUAUGCAGAAGAAGAAAGAGGCUGAGCCAGUGUUGGUGCGCCUCCAGCGACUCUCAGAUUCUAGGCAUGCGGAUGACUAUACUCGGAAUAGAGCACUUCGGGCUCAGCUUAGAAGUCAAAAGAAGAGAGUUGCUGAAGAAGAAAAAGUUUCUCGUAAGAUGGGCCUCGGCAUACGAUUGCUUCCCUCAGCUAAAGAAGAUGCUGCAGCUGCAGCUUGUACGAAGUUCUCUUCAAAGUUUGAGAAGAACAGAAGGGAUAAACGGGCAUUGAUUCAUGCAUCCUCGAUAUUUGAUGGAUCAUCCGGAUAUUCCAUGCCUGAUAAGAAACGAUUAGAACUAGAAUCCAAGAGAAGGAAGAUCUGUGCAUCUGCAGCUUCAAACAUACUGACAGGGGGCUUCAAGCCAUCAUCUUGGUCACGAAGUGCUGCUAAUUCAAGCAAGCACGAUGGAACUUCUGUUACUGCCAGACGACUUUAGCGUGCUUGCUUUUUCCAAUUCUAGGUCUAGCCGUUGGUUUCAUUUAUGUAUAUAGAUUUUAUGUGGGCUUAUCUGAGGUUUUUUAGAAUCCUAUUGGAACAUGUUGGGGCCAUUUCUGGCCAAUGUGCAAGAAUUCUCUCAGAACGUUGAAUAUGCUUCGUGUAACAUCAGUGUAUAUUUCAGCUUGUACAAUUUUUCCACUUGA